AUGGUGCCCAUCGCCACACGGGAGAAGGCUGGCUUCGUUAGAAUGUUCAAGAUCGUGGAGCCCAGUGCUUCCUCGCCAUGUCGCCAUGGAGAUGAAAGCCGACAUCAAUGCCAAGCAGGAAGAUAUGAUGUUCACAAGAUCUACAUCCAGAAGCAUGACAACGUCAGCAUUUUAUUCGCAGACAUCGAAGGUUUCACCAGCCUGGCAUCGCAGUGCACAGCGCAGGAGCUGGUGAUGACGCUCAACGAACUGUUUGCUCGCUUCGAUAAACUGGCAGCGGAGAACCACUGUCUGCGGAUCAAGAUCCUGGGAGACUGCUACUACUGCGUGUCCGGGCUGCCGGAGGCCCGAGCCGACCACGCCCACUGCUGCGUGGAGAUGGGACUCGACAUGAUCGAGGCCAUCUCACUCAAGAGAGCGAGUGCUCCCCAGGCCGGCAUCCAGGCCGGACAGCCUCCACCCUUCCAGGUUCAGCCGCCGGCGUCCCGGUGUUGUGCUGAGUACACCGGCUGGCUGGCCUCGGUCUGCGAGGUGGUCCGGGAGGUGACCAGGGGUGUCAACGUCAACAUGUCGGGUGGGCAUCCACAGCGCAGGGUGCACUGCGGCGUGCUGGCCUCAGGAAGUGGCAGUAUCGAAGUCUGGUCCAACGACGUGACGCUGGCCAAUCAGAUGGAGGCUGGAGGCCAGGCCGGACGCAUUCAUAUCACCAAGGCCACGCUGAAUUACCGAACGGGGACUACGACGUGGGAAGCGGGUACGGCAGGAGGAGACAGAAAUGCCUACCUGACGAAGCACAACAUAGAAACCUACCUCAUUGUGGGCUGCAGCCAGCCAAAGGUGUACGAAGUGAACAAGAAGCUGAGAGGACCAACUCCGUCACCCACAACAGCGGCCACUGGACCGACCGGGCCCUUCUACAACCACCUGGGGGGAAACCAGGUCUCCAAAGAGAUGAAGCGGAUGGGUUUUGAAGAUCCCAAGGACAAAAACACACAGGAGAACCUGAACCCCGAGGACGAGGUGGACGAGUUCCUGGGCCGGGCCAUCGACGCUCGCAGCAUCGACCGUCUGCGCUCAGAGCACGUCAAGAAGUUCCUGCUCACCUUCAGAGAGCCUGACCUGGAGAAAAAGUACUCUAAGCAGGUGGACUCCAGGUUCGGAGCAUAUGUGGCCUGUGCCUCGCUCGUCUUUCUCUUCAUCUGCUUCAUCCAGAUGGUCAUUGUGCCACGCUCCAGCCUGAUGAUCGGCUUCUUCAUGACCUGCCUUGUCGUCCUGACAGCCGUCAUGUUUGUCUCAGCCGUCUACUGCUGUUUUGGGGUGAGACGGCUUUUUUUUUCUUUCUUUCUUUUCAGGGAUGAAACUCAUUAA